AUGACAAUCAUCGAAAUCCCCUGGAAUAUUAUUAUCGCCUUAUUGCUAUUGCUAUCAAUCGACAACAGUGCUAUGGAUGUUAGACAAAUUGAGCGCCAGUGUGCCGAUCUGUUGCUGGCAGAUGAGGAAAUUGGCGGCUUGGAUGCUCCUAAGAUCCAAGCGACACCGGAUGGGUCGAUCCACCACAAUCUGGUCGGCCGCCUUCUCACGGAUCGGCAGGUGCGUUUCGAGCAUAUGCAGCAGGUGUUUGCGUCUGUAUGGCGCCCGGUCAUGGGUAUGUUCGCAGUGUCGCUGGCGGACGACCUCUUCCUUUUCCAAUUCUCGCAUCCGAAGGACCUCCAACGAGUGAUAGAUGACGGCCCAUGGUCGUUUGAAAACAAUCUGUUGAUUUGUGAGCAGGUUCCGAUGGGCGUUCGGCCAGAGGAGGUAAAGCUGGAAUCUGUCCCGUUUUGGAUCCAGGUGCACGGAUUUCCCACCAUGUACGCAUCCCCUGAUUUUCUCGCUAAGAUCGGGGAAUAUGUGGGGAGCUUCAUCGCCGCUGAUCCUCUCAAUUUUGGUGGGGCAUGGAAGAGCUACCAUCGCAUCCGUGUGCGUCUCUCUGUCUCGUCCCCCCUGAAACGACGAAUGAGGCUGAAACAUCGGGAUGGAACCAUACAGUGGAUCACGUUCAAGUACGAGCGCCUGAGCACGUUCUGUUAUUGCUGUGGGAUCUUAGGCCAUUCUGACAAGUUCUGCAAGACCGUAUAUGAAGAAGGUAUUCUACCAGAGGCUUUUCCUUUUGGAGCUUGGUUGCGGGCGGGGCCGCGACGCCAAGUGAAACCUGUCGGGGCGAAAUGGUUGCUGCAGACACCUACUGCGGAGCCAGAACCAUCCUCCCUUCCUCCGGUUGGACCGCCGCCGGUUGUUAUAGUGGGACUAGUGGAAUCGGGCGGACUACAAGGGGAUCUCAAGCGCAGGAGAGAGGAGGAGGGAACUGCUGUGAGUGGCAGUGAUGUUCUAAUGACCGAUACCACAAAAAACCAUGGACAGGCGAGUCUGACAGCUCAGACUCACCAAGACAAAUGA